AUGCUCGAAUUUCUAGGAACCCCUCUGAGGAAGCAGCGGCGCGAAAGAACCACUUACAGCCGUCCUCAGCUGGAACUGCUUGAAGCGCUGUUUGCAAAGACCAGAUACCCGGACAUCUUCAUGCGUGAAGAGAUCGCUCUCAAACUGAACCUUCCUGAAUCUCGGAUUCAGGUGUGGUUCAAAAACCGACGGGCGAAAUGCCGACAGCAGGCUCAGCAAAACGGCAAAGACAAGGUGAAACCUGACGCCGACAAAGAAACAACGCUACAUCAGGGCACCAGUGAAAAUCCAUCGAGCGCCAAAGAUUCUAAAGUAGUUGUCAAUAGCUCCAUUGUUGCUGAGCCGGUGGUCGUAAAGUCUGACUUCUACGGUGCCCCCGUGAUGCCCCAUCAGACGGCUCCAACUGAGAUGGAUUACUUGCAGCCAACCAGUACGGCCAUGGUAAGCCUGGAAGUCGCCCAGCCAAAGUUCGGUCAGUACGGAAUGAACGUCCAAGGAAUGACUCAAGGUUCGUAUAUGCCAUCCUACGCACCAGCGUACGCAAACGUCUACCGUCCACCUGAAGUAUCGUACCGAACGCCUCCUACUCCAACUAUGCUGCCGCACCGAUACAAUAACCAAUACCGACGGAGCGUGGCUGAUUAUCUCGACUGGAAGUACCCCAUGUUUUAG